GAGCCUCCUGCCAACGGCGGGGCUGCGGCAGCGCCGCUGAAGCCCGCGCUGGCCGCCCGCCUGCCCGCCCGCCCGCCGGGGCGCCUCUUCCUCCGGGGAAGGAAGGGAGCGAGCCGGCCGGCCGCCGCACCCCUGCGGGGCUCGCCUCUUCCCGGAGUCCGGCUCUGGGGUUUUGUCCUUUCCUGCCACCGGGGCUGCGGAGCGCGGUCCUGCGUGCCCCGCUCCCGGCUCCGCCUCUCCCGCCCGCUCCCCCGCGCCGGCCGGGCGGGUCGGUGCCUGCUGCCCCCGCCGCAGCCCCGCACGGCUGCAUGCCCGCCGCGGUCUCGGCACGUCUGGAUUCGCUGGAGUCCUGGGCCUUCCAUGCGCUGCUGGUGCUGCCCUAUAUGUUUUACGUGGGCUUGUUCUUUGUCAACGUGCUGAUCCUGUACUAUGCCUUCCUGAUGGAGUAUAUCGUUCUCAAUGUAGGCAUCGUCUUCCUGCCCGAGGAUAUGGACCAGGCUCUGGUGGAUCUGGGGGUGCUCUCCGACCCCGGCUCUGUGCUCUACGAGACGGACAGCGAGCUGGAUGUCUUUGAUGGGUACCUGGAGUGACGCCCCGGGGCGCUCCGAAGCCACUGCGGGGUGACGCAGCCCGGCCCGGGGCUGGGACCGGCUGUCCCGGCAUGGUCGUAGCUCGGGGGCCGCCGCGGCCCCGGGGCGUCCCCGCUGCGUCUCGGCUCCUUCUGCGCAGCACCCUCCCUGCCCAACGGCCCCCCGCCCUCCCCGGUGCGCAGGGGCGAGCGGGGCCGGGGCGCGCUGCCGCCGGGCCGGGCCGCGGACACGCAGAGCGCUCGCACGGGAAAUUUAUUAAACACUUGAAAUGGAUUAUAACCAGGUUAAUGGAUCAAGUCACGGAAAGAAACUAUACUCCGAAAUGUGGAGAUGAAAAGAAAGACAAGGGGAUAAGAAGAAGAGUUGUCACGAGAUCUUGUGAGUUGUGACUUUUCUCCAUGCUCAUUGCCUCUUGGGUGUGCACUAACUGCAGUGAUUCAUGCACCAUACUGGGCUUCCAUAGGUAAUUCUGGGAUGGACUGUAUGGACAAAUAAUAUAAGCUAUGUUCUAUUGUAACAGCAAAUCAUGAUGUUACGCAGAUUUGAUAAACUUCUGAAUAAAUACCAUGUCACUUGAAUGGACACGCUCUACAUACUGCUUAAGCAAGUUUUACAAUCACACAUUGAAAACUUUACCAGCCAGUAGUUCAAAGACAGUGCUCUCUCAGGGGAAAAUAUGCAGGAGUGACUGCAAGGAGAUUCUGUUCAGGGCAGUAUUACGGCAAGAACCGUGCUAGUAAGAUAUUUUAUUCAAAUUGUGUGUUUUGAAAUAGAUCAGAGAGUGAAUUUUAUAUAAGUCAGGUAGAUUCAUUAUCUCACACAAGAUACUUUGCAGAUUGUUUAAGCUCAUGUUCCUAUGUACAGAUGUGAAAGCAAUACAAUAAAGACUGACCUUUUCCAUGAAAAAGUAAGCAGUCAUUUGUUGGAGUUGUUCUUUUUCAAUUUGUUCUUCAGUUGUGCUAAUUCAGUUG